AUGUCAGCUCCUAAGCAGCGGAGAGCCUGUGUCGCAUGUAGGGCGAACAAGCGGACAUCGCUCAAGAUGUAUCAAAGCCCGAUUCUUACCCGUGUCAGGCUUGUGUCCGGAGAGGUGGGGCAGAUGACUGUGUCGCCGAGGAAUACGAUUGAGGCUCGACUCAGUCUAGGCCCUGGUCCUAGCGCAGGCGCUUCUGCCGGAGCAUCGGUAGGCGGUACCGCUACCCUCCCACAUCCAGAUGCCUCUAUGGCAGCCCGGAGCCAGCUACAAGCGGAGGCGUAUACCGUACCUGGUCCAUGUGACGCAGGGCCUGCGUUCCCUACGAGCUUGCCGACAGCAGCACUAGUACAGGAUGGCGGCGCCCCUGCGAAUGCGCAAAGCAUGAGCGACAUCCUGGAGCGGUUUGGCGAGAUAGCGCCCCUCUUCCGACAAGUCAUGAUAUUUUCACAAUACCGUCAAUGGUAUCAAACCGCCGAGAUCAUCGACCUACCUCUAUCAGCCGUCGAUCACGCCAUUUCCGCCAUCGCCAACCUGCACUCGUCGGGACCCAGACAUACGCCCGAGCGUAGUGUACAGAGUGCGCUGCAAGAGAUCAGCGGGAUGCUAGACCGAGGGGAGGUAUCUCAAGCCGGUGAUGUUAUCCUAGCUCUCUCGCUCUUGCUCUACUACCACCUACAUCAGGGCGUAUGGCUACAGAACUGCCGCCUCUCGAGCGAAGCCAUGGGUUUCUGUAAUUCAGCUGGGCUGCACCUCGAUCCGGGACGAAUGCCACCGGGGCACGGAUACGCGACUGGUCCGGUAGAGCUGCAGGGCCUGUACACGCACCCGGGAAGGCUGUUCUGGGGGCUGUAUAUCCUCUACAUCCAAGUAGUUAGCUGUUCCACGCCUUUCAGUCUCAGUAUGAUCAAGAUAGACGACAUCUCGCUGCCUCUGCCUCAGCCUGUCGAUCGUCCAAGCGGGACGACACCGAGCAAGCAUGCCUGGUCUGAUGACUUAUAUUCAAACCAUGAGGGGUCCGACUGGUUCGGCAUAUACGUCAAAGCGGCUCUACUUUUGGGGAGGACGCAGGAAAUGGUACGACGAGCGGUGUCCCGCGCUGGGGUCGGAUCGGCAUUUGCCAAGGGAGUGGUGGAGGGGCUCGAGUCGGACCUGAUGGCUUUCCAGCUUACAUGGCACACAUAUGAUGUCUCUGACGCAUACUCAGAGCAGGAACAGAAUGUGAGGCGUAUGACGAUUCGGGCAAUGAUAGCUAUGUGUCAUUUGCUUCCUCGAGAACCGAAUGUGCAAAAGCUAUACGGAGACCCCGCUCGACUUACAAAUCCUUACAUCAAAGCGUGCGAGGACGUGGCGGCAGAUGCUGCAUCGACAGAGUUUUGGACAGACGAAGCGCUUCAUCAAGUACCACCUAUCGUCUUUCAGGUCUGGAUGCUCGUCAUCCGAUCUUGCAAAGAAAACGGCACACCCGAGAGAUGUCCAGGCUUCUUCAAGGCUGGUAUUGAUCGGCCAGCGGAGUUUGGUCGACGUUGCACAGCCGCACUGGAAAGAGUCGCCACCCGUGGCAAUGUCCCUGCUGCGAGGUCCACUAUGAACCUCACCUGGCUUUCGCUAGCCCAGCGAUACCCCCGGGAGAACUGGCAGACCAAAGUCAAUCUUACUGCCUGCUCCCAGAUCGAGCAUUGCCUUGGCAUCUACUCGGACCAACCACUCCAGCGCAAAUUUGCUGAAACGCACAUCUCGAAUCCGCCCGAGCUGCCUCCCAUCACCGCAGCUCCCGGACCGCUAUACCAGCACCAGCACACCGACUAUGCGGAGGCACAAGGCUGGGAGCCUUUCGAACUGGACUUUUCGCCCAUAUUCUUGCCGCCUGAACUCGCUGCGACGGAUCCGCCGGUAGAUUACUUGGCUGGGACGUAUAACUGGGACUUUGGCGGGGAUGUGCUCAUGACAGGUAUUCAGACCUAA